AUGUUUUGCCCGCUGAUGAUGGAUCCCAGAAUUGGUUGGAUUCAACCGGAGCAAAAGGGGCCAGCUCAUGACACAUGGACAGCAGUUUUGGAGGAUGUCACUUCACCAACGAUGGUCGACAAUCAUCGUAGCAGGGAAUACAUCCCUUUGAAUCGGAAAAAUACUUUUAAUGAAGAAGUGGAAAGUACCAAAUUGAACAACCUUAUAAAUUCCGACAAGAUUCAUGUUACUAAGAAGAAAAGAGUUGAGAAUCAAACCCCUUGGUGGUCCAAAGAUAAAAGUUAUCCAGACGGGUUGGUGGGGUAAGUUUAGCGAGUUUCAUUCUCGUCGAAUUGAAGCGUGACAAACCUCGGAUAUUUGAGUGAAACGCCUCUUCUUUUGUUUAUUAAGGCUUCAUGAGGAAAUCUUGGACUUCUACAAUUUUAUGAAACCACGAACGGCCGAACAUACCAUGCGACAAGAAGUGAUAGCAAGGGUUCAAGAAGUCAUCAGACGGCUCUGGCCUACGGCUGAUGUACGUAUGAGCAACAUCCAGUUAUUACUUUUAAUUCUCACAAUAGUCGUAAAGAAAAUAUUUAAAAAGCCCUUAAGAGUUAUAAAAAGCAACGGUUUUUAAUUUCUGGCUAUUCAUUUCAGGUGGAGGUGUAUGGAAGCUUUCGGACGGGGCUUUAUUUACCAACCAGGUGAGAGGACUGUUGUGGUUCACUUCAGCGAAGACGGUGUUUGAUUAUCUUUGUGCUGUUUAAGUUUUGUGCUUCUUUAAACUCCCUAAGAGUGUUUCUCCCCUUACAGAAGGCUUUACAUUAAGAUACAAUAAAUAUUUUUUGUUUUAUGGGCGAAGAUUAUUUGAGACAAAAAGAGGCCUCGUAGUUUUCACUUUAUUUAAAUCGUUUUGUGGUACAAAGAACAACAGAAAGGGUAUAAACAUGCAACCUGAAACCGAACGAGCGUCCUCCGAGGUCUAUUUUAAACGUGAACGUGCUCAAAAAGUCUUUGUGUCACAGUAGGUUUCCGUAAUUUGUUUUUGCUUAUCGAGUCCGUUUAAAAUUCACAGCGACAUCGAUAUUGUUGUGUUUGGAAAUUGGGAGAGACUGCCGUUAUGGACGCUUGAGCAAGCACUCACGGCAAAUAAGAUCGCCGAGGCUUCAUCUAUGAAAGUCUUAGACAAGGCAUCGGUGAGAAAUAGCAAUAAAAUGAUUUUUGUAGUCAAGUCUUUGACUUAGACAUGUUGUGAUAAUAAUUUGGUAUGAAUAUUAUAAAUUUGUUGCUAAAGUUUAGAAUAUGUUAGUCUCUUAAAUUUCGCUCUCGCUUUUCUUUCGUCUGCGAAAGACCAAUGUCUUAAAAAUUCAUGUUUUAGCGAUUUCGUUGCGGACAGUUGCUCGUAUUUAAUUAACAGUAUUGCGUUGAUCAUUCUGUACUCAGUGAUAGGUGGUACAGGAAGUGUUAACGGUACAAAAAGUCUUAAAAUCAUUGUACUUGCACGCGAAAAUACUUGUCGCUUAAUUGUUUAUUCAUAACUACCAAUACUCAUUCUCCGUAUGCUAAUUUAUUGCGGGUUCGUCCCCUAGCGAAAUUUGAAUAUAUUUGAUCCUCUUUAUCUCGAACACUCUGCCCUUUGCCACUCUUAGAGUUUGUUUUUCUUUUUGUUUAAUCAUGCUUAGAACGCGACCGAUGACCUUAUUUGGGAUUGAGUGUACUGCUCAUUAUGAACAGCACGAUUUCCAUCAUUAUGCAAAAAUAAAAAUAAACAGUACCUAAUUUUUUCGACUAAUUAACACAUGUGCAUGUCUAAUUAAAUGAAGUUUGAUACUGUAUUGAAAGACGAACAAAGAGUGGAAGGUAAAAGGUGUAUGCUUAGUUUGCAUAUUUUGUUAAAGAUCACACCAUUUAUUUGGCAAUCUUCCCAAAAUUCCUGUGGGUCAAUAAUUGACCUGUUAGUUAAGUAUGAGCAUAUCAGGGUAUAUUUUUACUCGAUAAAAGACCUGAUUGGGCAUAUGACAUAGGGGUAUAGAAAGAACUUUUGUGGUUUAUAUUCCACUUGCUUGUUAUUUAAGCUUUGUAAGUAUACAAUUUGCUUCAUCUCAAAUUAUUUCUAAAAAACAUGAAACUGCAUUUUGUUGGUAACAAAUUUUUUUAUGGAAUGGCCUAUUCAACUGGAAAAAAAGGGAAAAAAUGGGCAUUUUCCAGCCUGCUCAAAGGUGCUUUCAGUAAUGUGCACAGUGUGUGUGCAAAGAAGUGUUGGUAAGUAAAUUUGCUUUGGAUUUUCAUGAGUUUUUGUCACCUGUGAUGUUUGAAAUGUUUUCAAUAGUAGUGAAAAGCAGCACUCAUUCAAUAACCAAUUCUUCUAAAACAAACUUUGAAGCCCUUGCACUGUGAAAAAAAACUCAUGCAUGCAAUUUUUGAUUCUGAUUGGUAGAGGUAUGUUACUCCAUUUGGAUUAAUUGUUUCUUCUGCUCUGAAAAUUUCCAGUUAAUGGAAUGUUAGAUCCUAAAUUAACCCAACUUUGUUCAGACAGUCACCAAAAAGAUUCUAAGUAGACUCAGAGGAAACAAAUGUAGUGAAGAUGGCAGAGACAAACUUGGCUUCAAAAGUGCAAACUUGAACAACUCACUUGAACACUGUGAGGAUGGGCAAGAACUUUCAUAGCUUAUUUGAGUCUCCCAUCCUGAGACAUCCUGGAUCAGGUAAUGGGUUGUGAAAUAAAGUCUAAUUCCUUAGAAACUUAUCAAUCUGAUACAAGCAGUUCGAGUUGAUUUCAGUGGUUUAUAUGGGGGGAUUUCUGUGAACAUUAAUUAUGCAGAAAAAUUAAUAACUAACGUUUUCCUAACUGUUGGGUGAGGGUUGAUGGGUAGAAUUGGGAUUGCUUAUUUCAGAGACUAUAUUGCACUCUUUGUCAUCACAAACAUCAGACAACAAUGGUGUAGUUUUGGUAUAAAUACCAUCUUAACAUAGUAAAUUAAUCUUUGAAUGCCCUAAGGCCACAGAUGGAUCACAUUGAAAUGAAUUGUCCCUUUAAAGUAAUGUGAGGUUGAAUUUUUUAAGUUCUUGCUUCAGUUUUUCAAAGUCAAUAAUAUUUUAUAUUAUUUAAUGGAUUUUUUCUGAAUUUUUAAUCGGCAUAUAGCCCACAGGAUGAUUGUGAAUAACAGCCUUUAUAUAAUGGUCUACUCGUGUAUAGUACCAUCUAACUGUGUUUUGCUGAAAAUUGUAUACCCCUUUUGUCAAUUAUACUCAUAUUUUCCAUAGGAAAUUGCUGAUGGCUUCUCUAAGCUGCCAGGGAACAAUUCUUGAAAUAAAUGAUGAAAAAAAGGGUGUUCUUUCCCAGAAAACGACAGGGUUUUUCCUCUAUGUUCUCCAAUGAUAGUAUUGUUAAUUAUAGCUCAGGACAGACAGUUGCUUUCUGACCAAAAGUAGGUCAUUCUUUAGAACUGCAAAGCUUGAAGGCAUGUAGAACUGUCAUUUCUUCCUUUUUAAAAUUAUUAGCUAUUUAAAAUCUUCUGUGCAAUAUUGCCAUCAUAAGUUAUUUCUACAUAAUGUUUUGCAUUUACUGUAGUUGUUACCAUUUUUCUCAUUAUGGUGAAAGAUCAGUUACACUCUACAAUCAGCUAUGAAAUUAGACAGAAUUUGCAGGCGUUGUAUCUUAAGCUUAUGACCAUCAUUCAUCAGUGUUAAAAACUAUCAUUCUGUGUUAAGAAAAAGGAGGAAAUUGGUCAUUUGCCAAUGGAAGUUUGGUCAUAUCGUGAAUAAAAGGAACUGAAAGUGAUUUAGAAAGGCCAUGUGAUCCUAGUUUAACGGUAAUAUUGCAUAGUAGAACUCUUGUUGUCAAGGUAGUUUUGCUAGUGACAUCUUUAGUGGCAAAGCAUUUGGUCAUUAUGAGUUUUUGGUGUCUUGUUUAUUCAUCCAUGACUUUUUAUGAAACUCUUAAAAUUUACUCUUACUCUCAACCUUAGCUGGUUGUUGAAAACCUUUCCGCUUGUGCAACCUUCUUUAAAAAGAAAUAUAUCAAAAGUGCAUAGCAAAGACACCAAUUAGAUGUUUUUUGUGUUUGUAAUUUAAACAUUUUAUCAUAGAUAGCUGAAUUAAUUUAUCCACAGGGUAGCCUGGCUUGUGUGAGAAAGGUUGUUUUUUCCUUUUCUUGGGCCUGGCUACUUGACUGUAAGUUGAUUUAGCAAAAGAAUUAAAAAUUUGAUGUGAGAAUAAAAUUGUACCAAGAAAUGAACAUGAUGGAAAUUAUAAACAUGCAAAUUUAACACUGUUUUGUCUUUACUCAGGUUCCAAUAAUCAAACUGACAGAUCAAAAAACCAAUGUGAAAGUGGACAUAAGCUUUAACGUUCCAGCUGGAUUGAAGGCUGCUGAAUUUGUUAAGGUAAUGUCAUCCAGACUCCUGUCUUAAGGAUGAUGUUUGUUUGGUAUACAAUCAGGUGUUAUUUGAGUGUUGAUAAAAUUUACAGAAAUUAACACAAUUUUUCUCAUGCAAAUUUUAUACAUUGUAUUUUGUUUUGUUUUGUUUUGUUUUUUUCAUUUAAUUUUUUGUUCUUGGUAGUGGGAUUUAUUUUGGAUGAGGGGAAAAAAAAGCAAAAUAAGAAAAAUAAUUAAUUUUUUUAUGCUCCACAGCAAGUCAUUAGUUAUAACUUACGGUAUUUUUGAUUGAUUUCUAUUCCACUUGGCACAAUUUCAUUUUGAUCCAGGGCUGACAAUAGGGAAACAAAAGGCGUCUUUACCUACUUAAAAAUUAAAUGUUCAAAAUUUGGCAGCACAGCCCUCCAUCUUUACAAAUACUAGGACUUAUUCAACCAAAUUUUAUAUUUCAUUGUCCAUUAGCAUCUUUCAAAUUACUUGGAAGCAAAAUAAAGUGAAACUUACAAAUAAUUGGUGUGUACUGUGGUUCAAUAAUUUGAAACAACCCAAUUUAGAGGAAAGGUUUAGCCCAGAACAAUUUUUGAAGCAGUGAGAGGCACUGACCCCUCUCUUUAUGAAAUUGUAAAUACUCUCUCUGUUCAUUUCUGUAUGCUAUCAUAUCUCAGUUAAUACAUGUGCCAUGAUUGGUAAAUUUAGCUAUAUUUAGUGGGCCUGUUUUCAUUGUACAUGGGCCAUAUUGAACUGUAUGGCCCCGCACUAAAUUAAAAAGUUUGUUUAAAUUGAAAACUUCCCUCUCAUUUUGAACCCAGAAAUUUGAUAAAGAUCUUGCUAACCUUGUGGUCUCAUUCAGUAUUGUAGGUUACCAAACCUUUUUCCAUUUGGAUUUAUGGUCUGCACACUUUGUGCUUGGGUCAUAAAUCAGGGCAGAAAAAACUGAGUCCAUAACUUACAGUUAGUAAGAGGUGUAUUUAUUGGUAAACAGAAGAAUAUCAAAUACUAUUUGAACUGGAAUGACACUUUUCUUGUUUUCAGGACCAAAUAGAAAUCUUUCCAUGUUUGCCACCUUUGGUGUUAGUUUUGAAACAGUUCUUGCUGCAGCGAGAACUGAAUGAGGUGUUUACUGGUGGUAUUAGCUCAUACAGUCUUAUUCUGAUGGCCAUUAGCUUUUUGCAGGUGAGCUCUCCUAAACAAAGCUCUAGCUAUCAGUAAGGGAAUAAAAAACUUUGUUGCUAUGUUGGAAGGGGGUAUUAACUGCUGAAGAUAAUUUCAAUCAAACUAGAUGUUUAUUGGCCACCCUGAAUGGUUUUUAAAGCUGACAUUUUGAGCUUUAAUUUUGGAUUAGGCUGAGGUUUUAGUGAAAAUUUUCAUCUGCCUUAAGAGCAUCAUGAUAAUAUUGUCCAAGCUUUUCAACAAUAGGUGUUCCCUUGGUGGAUGAGGGAAUAGUGCAUAGGAAAAUGUGUUAAGAAAAACAACUGGGGAAGAAAGCUGUUUUAUAUUUUAAAAAAAUGACAUUAUUUGCUUGUUCAGAUAGCAGUUCUUAUUUAAUGGAUAUUUUGAUUUAUUUUUGCAUUCUGAUGUUAUUUUUCCACAUAAGGGCAACAGAACACACAAUUGCAAGGUUUUUACAUUGUAAAACAGGGAAAAUAUAGGGAGCAAGGGUGAAGCAUCAAAGUGGCUGCACAAAACGAUCCAAACUUUGUUUUUUCUUUUACAUUCAGUAUACUUGACCAUAAGGGAUGAAGUUUAAAGUUAAACUAAUUUUUUUGUUCAUCACCAAAGACACUUGAGGAUCCUUAGGAAUUGAGUGGACCCUUGUAAUAGCCUUGUUGCAGAGCAAUGCAUUUGUUUGUCAAAAAUGUUCUGUUAACAUGUGCCUCAAAGCUCUUACCAGGAACACUUGAGAUAACUGAGAAGGGCUACACAACUGUAAUAUUGCAACUAUUUGGAUUAGAAGAAUUUCAUAUGAAAUUAAUUUCAAAUUGGGAUGUCUUCAGCAGUCUUUUCUUCUUUAAUUAACUUCAUAAAAGAUACAAGGAACUGAUUAUAGCUACCUGAGACUCUCAAAAGCUUUUUGCUUGGGAACUCUUGAAAUAAUUUUGUACACUCCAUGGCAUCAUAUUGGAAAUACAGAAAGUUUAAGGCAGACCUUGAGGCAUCACAUUGGCUAUUUUUCAAUUCCCAAUUUUUUUAUAUUUUAUUUGACAUAAAUCUUUCAUCAUCCAGAGAGUGCUUGAUAAUUCAUUAGAGAAGAGUGAGGUAGUGAAAUGGAGAAAUUUAUUUUUCCAAAUGCAAACUUAAGAUAUUAGUUAGAUAACUCUUUGGGGUGUAUCUGCAGAUCACCUAGGGGUUUAGCAAAAUCAUUAGACAAUUCAUUAAUGGUUUCGAUUAAUAAUUUAAGAAAAUCAUAAACAAGGCAUCAACUAAGUUACUAGUAAGAAUACUGCUUCAUUGAAAAUAAUUUCAGAUACUUAUCUUGAAAACCAGCAACAAUUAUUUAUUGACUUGGAUGCAAUGAAUAUGAAACUUGGAAAUUGGGUAAAAGAUUUUUUUAAAAUUGUAUUUAGAAUCACAAAAGGAACGAAGGCAGAACACUGAUAAACAACCUUGGGGUCCUUCUGAUUGAGUUCUUUGAACUCUAUGGACGUAAUUUUAACUACACUAAUGUGGGAAUCCGAGUGAAAGAUGGUGGAACCUAUUUUAGCAAGCAGGAGGUGAGUUGUUGCCCUUCCCUGUCAGAUAUGGAAGAUUUACAAUGUUUUUAGCAAACUGUGUGAUAUCACUUGUAUCCUGAUCAUAUGAGAUUAAUUACUGAUGUUACCUUAAUUCUCAACUAUAAAGAAACAAAAUAAACCUGAUUAUUUGUGGUCUUAUUAAGAAACAGUAAAUCAUUGAAUUUCUUCCUAAGUGACCAUGUUUUCUUUCUCAGGUUUUGCACAGUAUGGAUGAUGUUUUCAAUCAAUCAUGUGCACUGUUGUGCAUUGAAGAUCCCUUCACUCCAGGUGCCAUAAAGAACUACUUCUCUUUUCACUCCUAAAAUUGCUUGUACUAUGAAAAAUUGUUCUUCUUGUCACUCAUUUUAUUACUGGUAAAUCUGUAGAAUUUCUCAGUUUUGAAAAUACGUUAAACUUUUUUGCUUUCUUUGUAACAAAUUUCUCAAAUUAACCAAUCAUCCACAAUUAAAUCCACUUGAGUUGCACAGAGAAUAAGAGAGAUGUGUGAAAGACCCUCCUCCGUAACUUUUCAGUGUGUCACCCCACCUGUUUCUGUUUGCACAAUGGUAACCAACAUAGCUAACUUAUUCAAACACAAUAUUUUGUUCUUUUACUAAAUUAGCUUUGUUCACACUUCAAAUAACUAACCUCCCAAGCUUUUAAUGCCACUUUUUACCUCAAAAUUGGAGUCAAUUGAGAAUGAAGGUAACAUUUUCUGGCUGAGAGGCACUACAAGAAAUGUUGUUAUACAGAUUGGUGCAUGUGAUCAACAGAUUAACAGAACUAGUUUUUAUUUCUGUUGCUGGUAGGUUGCUAUUGGCAAAUUUCAAGUUUGAUGAUUGUCAUUAUUAGCUAAAAAAAAAAAUCCCAAUUCCAAACUUUUUGGCGAGAAUGUCAACAAAAUAGAGAUUUUCUCCAUGCAAUAGACUGCACGUUCUAUCUGUCUACUGGGGCAAUAACCCAUAUGGUUACAAAGAAACAAAGAGCUGGAAGAAGGUUUCAUGUUUUUCUUUUCCUUUUUUUUUUCCUCAAAUCUGUUGGUUACCAAUUGGAAACUAUUGUCAAAAAUUUAGUAGCCAAAUAUAUUUUGUGGCUACUGCCUUUUAUAGGAAGUAAAGAUGAGUUGUUGAGAUGAGUGAGUGAGUGCAAGAGUGAGGGUAAUAAUAGAAUUCUUAUCUUUACCCAAUUUUGACCUAGUGUUUCCUGGUGCUUAUUAUUGUUUUGUUUUGUGUUAUCUUUUUUGUGAGUACCAUUAUUUUUGUAGUUCAACUUAUGCACUCAAUACACAGCUGAUUUUCUCCUUUUGUGAUUUAUGGAUUAUACCUACUAGCAUAUCAUGUUUACAGUUCCCACUGUGACACCACACAAGACAGCAGAAGAGGAUAAACAUCACACACACAUUUUCCAAUUGUGCACAAUUAAAAACAAAAGUUUUCCUAGAAGACAUAUCUUGAUGUGUCAUGAAACUUGGAGGAAAUUUUUUUCUUUCAGGAGAGAGCAUUUUAUUGUUUAAAUAAGAAAAUUAUAUAGAUCGGAAGAUGUCUUCUUUUCAGUUCUUACUGUGACACCACAAGAGACAAUAAACAUCUCAAGAUAAUUUCACUGUGGCAUCCACCGAUGCAUAAUUUAGAUGAAAACUCUGUGGAUGUGAUCUGCACAUCAUGGAAGCUUAGAGGGAAUUUUUUUUUUUUUGAAAAGAGAGCAUUUUACUGUUUGAAUCAGUUACUUAUGCCAAAAAGAACCACAAAAUUUGCAAAGUGAGCAAGCUGCAGAAUACAAUACCUUGAGUUGUUCAACUGAAUAAUGGAACGGAGGAACAGUGGAUCAGCCAUAUCGGCUGAAUAUCUUGAGACAUGAGAAUGCAGAAUAUCCUUAAGAAUUAUUAUAUCUUAUCGCUUAAUGAGAAACAAAAGUCUCACAAAAUGAUAUAGUAAAAUUAUUUGUUACCACUAAAUUAUUGGUUGAAUGUCAAUUAGACAAUAUAUUCUUGAAUCAUCUUUCUCUCAUGGAACAGGGUACUCAUCAACGUGUGGGAUGUGCAGGUUUUUUGUUUUGCAUGUGAGACAAAUAUUCUGCAACACUACCUUAUAGCAUCAUUUUACAACUUUAAGCUCUUUUCAAUUCUAUGACAAUUGUGCUAUACCAGUAGCCACAUGCAGUCUGUCUUUUUUUUUUUCACUCACUAUGGUGAGCCUUGUAGUGAUCUGUAUCAAUGUAGUAACAUAUCAUGUUUCUUUGCUCAUGGUAGGCAACUACAUAGGAAAGAGCUCCUAUAAAUUUAUGGAAGUGAAACAAGCAUUUGAAUAUGCCUAUGAUGUUCUAAGCAAACAGGUUCUGAAAGAAGAUUCUUAUUCACAUGAUCGGUAAGUUGUAACAUUAAUGCAACUAGGAUUAUUUAGUAAUAAAUUUGAUUUACUAUUUCAGACAACUGGUGAGCAACAUGUUCCAGAUAGCUCCUCUUUCAGAAACCAAAUUGACACAAAUUCAUGAUAAUUUUUCUGUACCUAAUGAUUAACAAAGGUCAUUAUGAACUUGCAGUAUUAUUAUGUAGAAAAUUAUUCUAAUUCAAAAGAAAUCUGACUGUUGAUCAACAAGAAGCUUGAAUGGUUUGAUUAAAUAGGAUGCAGAGAGGGGCAAAUUAAUUUGACUGUCAAGUUUUAUAGUUAAUGUUUUAUAACAACUCCUCUGCAAUGAAGUAGUUGUGUUCUUCAUUCUACCUAGUAAAUUGAAAAAUGUCUGGCCAUCAAAUUAAACCAGUUCAAGGUGAUACUAUAUUUUCAUCAAAGUGGGUGUUUAAGUAGAUUAAUACCUUUGAAUAGUCUUUAGAAGGACAGCUUCCAGAUCAUUUCCAUCUUAAAGACAGUUGUUUGAUUGUUUGAUAAUAGUAUUCCCUUAAAAAGUUUCGGGUGUGAAAAGUUAUUUUUUCCUUUUUCAAUGGAGGUCAACUUUUUUAAAAUUUUACAAUAGCCAGUUUGUGCUCACUAAGUUCAUGUCAAAAGAAAUGACUUGUUUCACACAGACAAUGACUUUGUCACAAAAUUGAAAUUAACUAAGUGUCAAUGAUGGACCGUCUUGAAAGAACCAAGUAAUGAUGGAAUUAAUCACAAUUGAAAUAAUAAUGAACGUUCUGAGGAAAAACAGUGAGCCAUCUUGAAAGAAGUUAGUAAUGAUGGCACUAAUUGCUAAUGAAAUAAUAAUAAAUGUUCUGAAUACUCAGGAAAAACAGUGAACCAUCUUGAAAGAACUUAGUAAUGAUGCACUAAUUGCUAAUGAAAUAAUAAUAAAUGUUCUGAAUACACAGGAAAAACAGUGAACCAUCUUGAAAGAACUUAGUAAUGAUGAUACUAAUUCACUAAUGAAAUAAUUAUAGUAAUAGUAAUAAAAUUAAUUAUCAUCACCAUGUAAUGACUGAAAACUAAGUUUGUAUCCUGGCAGGUUCUGUUAUUACUUUAAUGGUAUUUUCCUUUCAAUUAUGGUGGUGAUUUUUGCUUAACAGAAAUUCUGAGAGGCCUGAACAGGAAGGAGCUGGCCACCUCAGCCGCAUUGUGCGGGUGACAGAUGAUGUUGUUGAAUAUCGUGAUUGGGUCGCUAGAGUUUGGCCAUCAUAUGAUGUUCCAUUAAUAGCUGAAGUAAGCCAGUCACCCCCGACGUAUGCUAGUAUAGCAAACAGACAUGUUCAACCUGAGACCCCAGGCAUUACAUCAUUGGAUGUCAUCAACAAAAGUGCUACAUGGCCAUUGGGAAGAUCUCAGUUAAAUGUUGUAACUUUGGUGUCUGAAAAUGAAAAGGUGACUGAUAAAGAGGAAGAGCCUUUGGUCAGGCACACAAGUGCUGACAGCCUCUUUACUCUUGCAGGGGGAAUUGAAAUGAAAGUAAAUAAAAACUCAGUUUGGUCUGCAACCUCUGUUCGGAAAUUGGCAGAUUCACUCGCACAAGACAACAUAGCCAAGAAAAGAAUGAGCUCUGAAACAAAACCUGCCAAUAGUUUAAGGCAUUUGAAACCCACUAUAACUGCAAUACCUUCAUCUGUCAGCACUAGCUCCUCAUCACCAGUGACUUCUUAUUCAGGGGCAAUAAAGCAGUCCUUGACACCAUCAUUGAAACAAACAAUAGGAACUCCAGCAAAGGCCUCUGUGGUUGACUCUUCCUCAAAGUUGAAAGCUGUGGCAGUUGUGGGACCUCUAAGUAGUGGCUCUCCAAAGAAGGCUGAAGAGCAGAAGACUUGUGCAUCAAAUAACAAUGUAAGUUGCAGCAGAAUCUCCUAAAUGUCACUUACUGGUUAUGUUAACUGCAGCUGUUUAUCCACUCAGCUCAAGCCGUAACCUUCAUAUCUAACAAGUACAUGCAAAUUUAUUUUAUAUUUUCAACAGGCAACAUCAGUAUUUAUUGUGUGUAAUGUUUAUUGAAAAAACUUACUCACUUCUUAUCACUGGGAGGAGUGUUUGCAGUGCAAAUAGUUUUUAGUUUAACAUUCAAGAUUGUAAGGGUUUCCUCUACAAAUUUAUCAAACACUUAACUCAGGAAACUGAAAUAUUAAUUCAGUUCUAAUAUCACUUAAGAGAUUAAUCAUGAAAGAAAUUGGUGUAGCAUUUUGUGCUAAUUAGUGCAACAUCUAUUGCUCCUAUUAUAAAAAAUUUCAAUGGAGUUCCAGAUCUCAAAGAACUCUAAAAUUGAUCUUAACCAACAGAAAGUAAUAUCUUUCAUUUUAAACUUGUCAGAAAAAAGGAAGUGUCCAAUCAUUUACACUGUUGGGAAGAAUUUGAUAUUCAACUUUCCUGACAAUUGGGCUUUUUAGCUUACAUGUUUUGUGUACCCAUUUCAGGUCCUCUGGAAAUUCCCAGCUUUAUCUUUUGUAAAUUUUUGUACAUUUACACGUGAAUUAGGGGAAAUUGGAACGAAGCAGUUCUUUAGUAUAUUAUCAUAUAACCUGAAACAAACCAUUCAUGUACAUUUACAAGCUAGAGAGACCUUUUCUUUAAGUUCUCUGUCAAGUGCAAUCACAUUUUUCAAGAUCUGCGUUAUUUUGUAUUGUCACUGGAGUGAAGUAUGACAAAAAAGAUAUUGAUAUCAUGGGUAAUGUUCUUAACUGGGAAGAUGAAAAAAAUUAAUUAAAUGAAACAUGUUCUGUCAUGUAUUUAUUAAAUUUUGUUGUUAUAAUUUACUGUAGAAUGCUGUGGUUAGUUCACCAAAGCUGGACUGCGUGACCACCAGGCAACUCAGUAAAGACAAUGGUAUGGGAAAACAAAGCUCUCCCACAAUUUUUUUAAACAGUAAAAAGAACAAUGACAACAGUAACCAAAACAACAACAACAAUAACAACAACAAUAACAACGGCAAAAGUUACACAAACAGUGGUUCAAAGAGUUCAUCUAAACAAAAACAUGGGAAAUCACCCAAGAGUAAAAAGGGUAGGAGUUAAUGACAAGGUGGAAAAGAGGAAACAUGUUUCUCUUUCACUUCUUUAACAGUGGCGGUGAUUCAAUCAUCAUAUUUAAUCUGUUACAUGACUUUUUAUGAAAUUAGUUUGUGGGAAAUAUUUCAAUACUCUUUGAGGGGACAGAGCAACAGAGAUAAGAUUGCAAAAAAUCUAAUCUAUAGUUUUGAAAAACCAAAAAAAGAUUAUGUACUAUAGUAUUUUUUAAACAACAAAACAACAAAUAGAAAGGUUGAAAGCUUUGAAGGGUUCAUUCUUUUCUUUUAGGGCCCUUGGAAAAAAAUUUAAGACUUAACAAUGCAAAAUAAUGAAUUCAUAAAUUCAAUUUCUGACCUCCAAAAGUUUCUAUCUGAGAAAGGAGAGGAGUAUUUAAGUUAAGAAAGCACCUGUGUAUAAAUGGAUCUGUAAUGCUUCUGGAAAAAGUCAGUUUAUUUUAAGUAAGAAUCGUGUAGAUCAUGGGCAUGAUUGUGACUAUCAUUCCUGCAUAGUCAGUGCCAGUUCAUCUUUUGUGUUAAAAGUAUAUCCUUGGCAAAUGUGCAUGUUGAUAUAUUGGAAAACAAAAAUAAUAUUACAAUAUCUAUUUAAAUUACGUAGGCUUCCCUUUAUUCUUUAAUUUUUACAUUGCACAGGGGUUACUGUUUAUUUUGUUUCACACUUGUGAUGGAAAAUGGAAUUUUUGUUGUAAUUGUUAGCUGUUGAUCUGAGCUGUUAGACUUGGAAUUAACUAAUUGCUAAUGAGGGUUUGUUUGCAGAAAGAUUUAGACCAAAUUUAAGACUUCACUAUUAUUGGACUUCACCAUCACAAAAAUCAUGUGAAAGAAACUAGAAUGAGUUUUUGAAACAUUGGCACUGAGAACGAGUUAUAAUGUUUAAGUUAUUAUAAUGAGUUAUAAAAGCAACUAGUCCCAAAAUCAAUAAAAAAAAGGAAACAUUUAGAGUUGCAAUACAACUGAGUGAGAAGAGGGGUAGAUUAGGGAUAGCCUGGUUAAAUGAGGUAGAAGGUUCAAUAAGAGGAAGUGGGAAAUUUGUGAGAGCAUGAAGCAGGUGAGAAGUACUAAAAUGAAAAAAAUAUAUAUGAUCAUUAGUCUACAUUGUUUUAAAAUUCCUGGCAAGGGAUGAGAAUCUAAGGUGCAGCAAGAUGAAGACUUUAAGCCUCCACACCUGCUUCUGUUGCUUCCUCUGACAAAAGCAGACAACUACUAGUGGGAGUCAGAUUUUUUUAUUACAAGUAUACAGUUCUAGACUGAAUUAAAGAACAUGGAAUAAGUGGAUUAAAUUUUACAUUAUUGAUUCCUUUCUCCCUUCUCCCCCCUUAAAAGAACAGAUGUGAAUUACUUUUCUCAAACAUAAAUGAUAAGAAUAUCCAUUAACACUAAAGUUAAAAUUGCUGAAGUUUUUGUGGCAAGAGUGAUUAUAAUCAGUGUCUCUGAUGGAUUUGUCUGGUGGUUGUGAUAGGUAGAUUUAACUGAUGUCAUUACUAUGUGAUGAAAGCUUUGCUGUAGACACUGCUGUAGUGUGCCUUUCAGUCUUGUGGGAGAUUUUAAUCAACUUGAUUUUGGUUUAUAUUGCAUAAUGCUAUCAUCCAUAUACUGUAAAAUUCAUUUUGUAUUCCAUACGAUCUGUUUUCAUUUCUGGUUAUCUAUAGGGUCCUACAUAAUACAAAAUGUUAUUUAUAAAAUGAUUCAGUAGCUUUCAUAGGCUUUAAAAACGUUAUGUUCUUUAUGUGCGAUAUCCAGAGCAUAUUAGUGAGUGAGCAAGGUAACUCUGUCGCACAGUGAGAGGUGUAUAUAUUUUGACUCUAGUAGAAUUUACUGGACAGAUUUGGAUCGCAGACCCACCAGUGUCCAGGUUUUUUUUUUUUUUUUUUUUUUUUCGCUUUGCAUUCACAUUUUUGGAAAUAUGUGCAAUAAGCGAUUUAUUUUACAGAAAUAGGAUUUGUAAUUUGUUUUGCUGGUUUCUUGAUUUUUUUUAGGAUGUAUGUAGAUUACUAAAGAUUAAGUAAUCAUUGAAAAUCUCAGUUUAUCCUUCUUAUGUUUCAACACAGCUGUCAAUCAAGUAGAUUAUCAACAGUCCAGUGCAACACUUAUAGGUUGAUUUUGUCUGGGCAUAAAAGAAAACCCAACAGAUUUUUCUGUCUCAUAAAGUGCGACGGAUUAGUUGCAAAGAUGAGUGAUUUACUAAGGGAAAAGUCAGUAUCCUGAAUUUUAUUAUAACACAUUUUGACGUCAUCAAUUUGCUUUGAAAUCUACCAAUAAUUUACAGUACACCUUUAAAUCUAGGCUUUCAUAUUUCACUUGGAAAGGCAGCAAAGACAGUUAGUCUCAGUGGCAGGUUCCACGAUAAAUGUUUUGUGUCGAUUUUUACUUGUAAUUGUUACGACCGGAUUUUCAUUGACAUUGGUUUGUCGGUCGAGACUUGCACUGCUGUUAUUCCAAUUCUUUUUGUGAGUUUGUUGCCUUUAGCUGUCAAGAUUACAAAAUAUGUAUAUCUGCCAUCUUUAACGAUGACGAUUACCGGUAUAAAAAUAUCAUAAGCCAAUGAUGACAGUCAGUCGGUCGACUUUUAUUUAUUUAAUGGUAUGAUUACAAUUUUCUUUCCAUCGUUACCGAGCUGUGUUACCUUGACUUAAACUUGGUUUAAAAAUGGUUAGUAACACGUAAUGAUUAAGUAGCUACGUAGAUUUUUCGAUGAUAAUAGAAGUUGUUUACAUCGUGAUUGUACUUUUUGCACACAAAUUGUUUCAAAGAAAAUUAUUUAAUUCAUCUUGUGUUAAUUAACUAGUUUUAGUGAUGUUAUAUUAAGCCACUAAAAGCUGCUUUAAAAUAGAGGAUUCUGGUAUUUUACAUCUGAGUUUGGCGCAACCUCGUUGGAAGAAACACUUCCUAGGUUCUUUCACCGAGGUAAGCCCGUGAGUUUGGAGUCGCCUAGGAUUCUUAAAAGUCUCUAACCCUUCUAAACAAUUCUUUUUGUUAUAUAUCUAGACUUUCACUCAACAAAACGAGUACUGUGAUCGGUUGAUUCUUGGUCACGUGCCCUUAAUCAAAUUCGAAUGUAUCCUGACCGGGAUACAAUUGAGCAGUUGUUGCCCGCGCGCCGAAUACAAUAGCAUGUUUUUGCCGCAUGAUUGUUUAAGGGAAAGUGUUAAUAUAUAACAAAGCAUUUAAUGUAUGUUCCCUCGGGAAACUGGUUAGUUUUCUUUUCCCUCGAGUCCUGAUGUUUCCCGAGACGAAGUUGAGAGAAACAUCAGGAGUCUCAGGAAAUCAAAACUAACUGUUUCCCUCGGGACCAUACAUUAAGUGUAUAAUGAUUGUUCCCACAAAUACGAGCAUAAACAUAUUUAAAGACUUUACAUUAAAUCCAAAAUGAGUUGCUAAAACUAUUAUAGUUAUUGUCUGUAUAUUCUUGUACUGAAAGUCGUCGCAAUAAUAUGAUGUAUAUAAAAAAAGGCGCGAGUAGAGUUUUAUUGAUAUUUUGCCAUGUAUGAAAGUUCCUAAAUUGUAUACUACGUUCUUGGAAAAUAAUUUAGAUUUUUUAUACUGACAUUGUGUAAAAUUUGAGAAGUCUGU